AUGCCCAGCGCUCCGCAGGCGCCCGCGCGGCGCCCCAAAGAGGCCCCCGAGCAAGGACCCCGCGCUGGCCGCGCCAUGGCGGCCUCCGGCGGGGACGCGGAGCAGGAUGGGUUACAUCCAAGGAAUCUUAUCCCAGAGCUUUGUAGGCUGUUUUAUGGUUUAGGCUGGGUAACAGGAACUGGUGGAGGAAUCAGCUUGAAACAUGGGGAUGAAAUCUACAUCGCUCCUUCAGGAGUCCAAAAGGAAAGAAUACAGCCAGAAGAUAUGUUUGUUUGUGACAUGAAUGAACAGGACAUCAGUGGUCCUCCACUGCACAAGAAACUAAAGAAAAGCCAGUGCACACCUCUUUUUAUGAAUGCCUACACUAUGAGAGGGGCAGGCGCAGUGAUCCAUACACAUUCCAAGGCUGCUGUUAUGGCUACCCUCCUUUACCCAGGGAGUGAGUUCUCUAUUACCCAUCAGGAGAUGAUAAAAGGAAUCCAGAAGUGUACUUCAGGAGGCUAUUACAGAUAUGAUGAUACACUAGUGGUUCCUAUUAUUGAGAAUACACCAGAAGAGAAGGAUCUCAAGGAGAGAAUGGCACGUGCAAUGGAAAAAUACCCAGACUCUUGUGCUGUGCUGGUCAGACGUCACGGUGUUUAUGUAUGGGGAGAGACGUGGGAAAAAGCCAAAACUAUGUGUGAAUGUUAUGACUACUUGUUUGAUAUCGCAGUGCAGAUGAAGCAGCACGGGCUAGAUCCUUCAAAACAUCCAGCAGGAGAAAAUGGGAUCUUGUAAAUGUCAACAACAUUUAUACUCAGGUUUAUAUGCUGAAACCAGCCAAAACCAGCACAAAGACAAAGAUUUCCAAGUUAGGUACAAAUCAAUUCCUGUUCAGAGAAGUAGUAUCAGAUGUUUGACUCUUCUGUGAUGUACCUAAGCUCUGUAACUGUUUUGUUCUUCUUUGUGCAUCUUUCAAGCAUUUUAUGGCUUGAAACUGCUGUCCAAAAAAAGGAGGUAUGAUACUGAUACCUGUAAUGAACUGCCUUGUAAAAAUUUUGUACUCAACGAUAGAAGAAAAUUUCCAUUUUUAAAAUGCAAGCUGUAUGUGAAGUAAAAUAAGGGACCAGUAGCAGACAAUGGGAGCAACAGUAGGUCUUUAAUCUUGAGCCAUAUCUGGGUGUUAGACUGAACAGAGCGGAAUAGCAGCCUCCUCCUAUUUGAGAAAUCCCAACCUAGAAUCCAUUCCUAAAGGUGGAUGACUAAGCACUGUCUUUGAAUAAAAUGCAACCAGGGAUUUUUUUUUCCUGGGGAGAAGGAAGUACCAGUUCCAUCAAGUUGUAUCCAAGGCAGUUAUUUAGAAUUAUGAAAACCUGGUACCCUUUUGUAAUAAGAAGGUACAACUAAAUUUCUCCCAUCUCAGGACAAGAGCUAAAACUUUGGUUAUCCUAAAUUUGGUGGGAAUACUCUCAUUCCUUUUGGCUGAAAUUGUGAAAUUAUUCAUUGGCUCAGAAAGAGAUAGCAGUGGGUACCUAUGAAACCUCAAGUAACCAAUAGGUCAUUUACAUGGGACAGGGGAGUCUUGAAUUUUAUUCAGGGUUUAGUUUAUAGGUAGAUGCUUGCAUCUCUGUCCUACUUGUUGUUUGUUUGUUUGUUUGUUUUAGCUUGAGCUAGGGUAAGAUGAGUAAGCAGAAGGAAGCUAAAGUACUGUCAUUCAGCAAAGCUUUUGUCAUGGGAGAUGCAGAAAUGAAGACCCUCCAGCAGCAGAAGGAAUCACAGUGUACUCCAUACUGGAGAUUUUUGAAUGAGUGUCAUUUAUAUAAAAUGGAAUUUUAAAAGUUU